UUGUACAGUCAUGGAGAAUGUGGAAGACAGAACAGAGGUGGUCCUGCUGGCCUGUGGCUCUUUUAAUCCCAUCACCAACAUGCACCUGAGGUUGUUUGAGCUGGCCAAGGACUACAUGAAUGCGACAGGAGAAUAUAAUGUCAUUAGAGGCAUCAUUUCGCCUGUUGGUGAUGCAUAUAAGAAAAAAGGCCUCAUCAGUGCCCACCAUCGAGUAGUGAUGGCAGAGCUGGCCACGCAGACCUCCAAAUGGCUGGAGGUAGACACCUGGGAAAGUCUUCAUAAGGAAUGGAUAGAGACAGCCAAAGUGCUCAGCUACCAUAAACAGAGAUUGGAAGCUAGGAGCUCCGACAAUAGCGUGCGGGACUCUACUUCCCCCGCACUUCCUGGAGGGAAGAGGAAGAGGACUGGAAAUAGCCAAGAAGUUAGUGAAAAGAAACCAUCAUCACCGAAAAAAAAGGGUCCGCCCCAGUUGAAGUUGCUGUGUGGGGCAGAUUUUCUGGAGUCUUUUGGUGUCCCCAACUUGUGGAAGCUGGAGGACAUCACCACCAUCGUGGGAAAUUACGGGCUUGUGUGUAUCACCCGGACUGGAAAUAACGCUGAGAAAUUUAUCUAUGAAUCAGAUAUUCUUUGGAAACACAGAAAUAACAUUCACCUGGUGAAUGAAUGGAUUACCAAUGACAUCUCGUCCACGAAGAUUCGGCGGGCUCUGAGGAGAGGCCAGAGCAUCCGCUACCUGGUGCCAGACCCUGUCCAGCAAUACAUCGAAAAGCACAAUCUGUACAGCUCAGAGAGUGAGGACAGGAACUCCGGCUCUAUCCUCGCCCCUUUGCUGAAAGCCAAGCAGUAGGCGAGUUGCCAGCCAUGGCCGUCCUUCAGGACCGCCUCCGCUGAAAGUGAAGUGACUCAGGUUUUAGCAGAAAACAAGUUAAAAGUUAGAAUAUAAUAAAAAUCACAAGUUUUGCUUUUUUAUCUGAAGUUUACCUUGGCCUAUGAUGAAUGACAUAGUUUGAGAUAAUUUUUUAACUUUAAUUUACUUUGCCUGAGCCAUGAGACUUACCUCUUCCACGGAUCCAUCUAGCAACCCCAGUACAUUUCAUCAGGAAGGAAGCUCUCCGGCUUCAGGAUGAGAGAUUCUAAAGCCCAGUGAGCAGAAUAAGGUACAUGUCAUGUUUGCUGCAAAGAAAAAGCUGAACUCGGGGUCUAGUUUGACAAUUCCAGCCAAGCAAAAGCAAACUGUUGCUCUAUCUAAGACCCCUCUGGUUUCAGUGGCCUGCAUUAGUCCAGAGUGACUCAAGGACAGGAUUCUUAAAACAAUACUACAAAAAAAGUUCCAUUGAACAUCCAGAGCUGUGCAAAAAACCUAACGGGAAGAACGUGUGGAAUUAGAAUACUUACACUGUAUGUCAUGGGAUGGGUAGGAGGCUGGCCCUAGGGUGAGGAACACCCAAGGCUGAGUCAUGGCUGUGAGCCCUGCUGGCCUUCUCCAGCCGCUCUUUUUAAGAUUGGUCAGUUCCAGGCUUGAUCCCUGUGUGUGUCAGGGAGAGGACCUUGCACACUUCAGUGUCCCGUGUGCAUAAAACGUAGGUCCGAAUGGGGAAAAUGAUGAUACUACUAGCUGGCAUUUAUAUAGCACUUUAAGGUUUGCAAAGCUUUACAAAUGUUACCUCACUUAAUCUUCCCAUCACCCCUGAAGGGAUUUGACAUUAUUAACUCUGUUUUAUAAAGAAACUGAGUCAGGGGUUAAUUGACUUACCCAGGGUCACACAGCUAGUAUGUAUAUUUGAGACAGGAUUUGAACUCAGGUCUUUCUGACUGUAGGCCCAGCACUCCAUUCAUUGCACCAUUUAGCUAUCCCCAAAGCAUUUAACUUAAUUAGGAUUAAUGUUCCUAGUAUCUCCUGGGGAUAAUAUUUAUGAUAGGAGCCUUCAAAGUUUGGUGAUGUGCCUUAACCAUCCCUAAGUUCCCAUUGAUAAUCCAGGCAUUUAUUUGAACAGCACUCAGCUUUCUUUCUUUUUUUAAUGGAUUGAUAGCUUUUAUUUUCACAUCACCUCCAUUUCCUGUUGUAUCCCUGCAGCAUUCUGUUUUCUUAUGUUUUAUUUUUCUCAUGGAAAUUUGAAUAAAGUCAAAUUAUUCUCAUUAAUGCUAUUGAUAAAAUAAUGAAGUCCAAGGUUGUUGUCCUGGAUCUGAGCUCAUACUUUGUUCAGAAAACACUAGCAUAUUUUGGAGGUUGUUAGAGGUAAAAACUCAGCGAGUCUGAGAGAGUCAUUAAAGGAAGAAAGGAAGCAGCUUUUUAUGGCCCAGUCCUGGCAUUUGCUAGCUGUGGUUUCCAGCUAUGAUGGAACUAGAAGGAAUAGAGUUCAAGUUCCCUAAAAAACAUCCUGGGAUCAUGAGCUUUUUUUGCACUUACAGCCUGGUCUGAACUUGAAACAAAGAUAGGAAAUGAAGAUGCUUAAGCUGGACCCUUUGGCUUACCUUCUCCUCCUCAAAAACUACACGUGUGUGUAGCCCAUUGACCUCACCCCCCAUUCCAAGGACAGGCCUGGAGGCCUUGGGACACCCACCCACUUCCUGGUCAGAUAGGCUGAGUCACUACAGUUGUGUCUUGCCUUGGCCUCCAUCACGCUAGUGAAAAAUGGAUCGUGCCUGCCGGUGACAUUGGGAAGCUAGAGCUGUCCAGUUAUAACCUCUGACUUUCGGCCCUGAGAAGAAAUAUACUCAUCAUUUGGGAGUUAGAUGAGACACGGAAACAGAACACUGAUACUCGCAACUUUUUCUCUCUCCCCUCCCCCCAUCUUUUCUCAACUCCAAGGUCACAGUGGAGCAAAGAUUCUAUUACUCAGAUCUCAGAAGAAAAUUCUGCCAUGUCACACAGUACCCGAUGGAAAGCCCUGGAUGUGUCGACCUUGGGACCCUGUGUGAAGCUUGCAUGACCUCUUCAAAAGACUUAGGCAGGCCAGAAUUAUCUUGUUAUUGUGGCGUUUCUAGAACAUCAGCACACACCGUGUACCAGGAACAUUAGCCAAGCUCAUUAUCUCAGGGUGCUGCUAAUUGCAUGGCAGAGCCUUGGGUGUCCUCAAGGACUGAAUGAUGGAGAUUGUAGCAAUUAUGUCCAUGGGGCAGUGAGUAUUAAUGAAUGUCACAAGUUCGUUUAGGGAGAGGGAGAAAAUAGGUGGGCUUUUUAAACAAAACUAUAUUGAAGGACUGAGUGGAAGUAAUGUGAAUUUUUGUGAGGAUCUGUUUUUCAUAAUGCUGGAUUAUUGGGUUCCUUUUUUCAUAAUUGUAUAAUUCAGCGAGGGUUAUACUGAGUAGUCUUGUGUCAGAAGAGUUUUCAUAUGUACAUUGUUUAUUCAUGUAAUUGGCAAUUUUGAAUACAGACUUAAAUAAAUUGAAUUCUAUUUUAUCAAAA